UGUCGAUUGUGUGAGGCACUGUGAUUUUGUGAUUUUGGGUUUUUAUUAAUUUUGAAAUGAGUUACGAUGGACUUCAAAUAGAAAAAAUGCUAUGCGCGGAGUGAGUAGUUCGUAACGGCAAAAAUAAGAGAAGUUAUGACCAAUUUUGUUUUAUAAAUGGACUGUUUUCAUUGAGACGCCACACCUGCAAUCUCUGUUGAUUUUGAGCAUAUUUUGAGCAUGUCAAGAUAUUUUAUUGUUCUAUGGACUGUCGAAAUGAUUCCGAGCUAUUUUCUUAGAAAAUUUAUUCAGCGCCGCUUAAGCUGAUUGCGAUUGAAUGAUUUGUUAUAAAAUUGUGUUGUGUGAAAUAAUUUAAAAUGGAACUUUUGUUUAUAUUGUGUCUCGUUUCUUUCGGGCUGGCUUUCGAUAAAGCGUCGUUUUAUGGAGCCAGCUAUAUUUCCUAUCCACUACAAGAAGCCAAAGGUAUUACGGACAUAAGCUUUAGUUUCCGUACUCACUUAUCAGAUGCACUUUUAUUACUUGCGGCGGGUAAAACAGAUUACUGUAUGAUACGACUUGAAAGUGGUAGAUUGAAACUUCACAUUAACCUUGGUGCUGGAGAGAGUGAAUUAUCAUCUUCCAAAGGCACUAAUCUUAAUGAUACACAAUGGCAUCACGUCAGUAUCAUCAGAAGAGAAGCAAAUCUCACUAUGAAGGUUGACGACAAUGUAGUGAAGAAGAGAUUGCCGGGGCGCUUCUUCGAGCUUAACAUCCAUUUUGGUGUGUUUCUUGGAGGGCAAGGCGAUUUUUCGGAACUUUUUCUUGGUCAUAUGGAGAACUUUCGCGGAUGUAUGGAAGAUGUGUACUACAAUGGAGUAAAAAUAAUCGAGAAAGCACGAAGCCGCAGUGGUUCCGUUCACGUUGAGGGGGUCACGUGGAAUUGUGCUCCGGAGUUCGAUGCCGAUGUCAAUUCUGAAAUUAGUUUCAUUGAUGAAGGCGCCUAUAUGAUUCUUCCCAAAAUUAACUCCAGAGCGGGUGGAAGAUGGCAGAUAGAAUUCAAAACGAUAACACCGAACGCAAUCAUCUUGUACAACCCUGGUGGAGGUCGGGGCUCGGACUAUUUGGCCGUUGAGAUCUUGGAGGGAACCGUGAGGGUUAAGAUGGCGCGGGGUCAGAUUGUUCACACGGAGCGAGUCAACGAUGGCCAGUGGCAUAAAAUGCACCUCCUUUUCAACCCUUCUCUUAUUGAGCUUUCCAUAGACAACAUAGCGAUGAGCACUCGCAUAGAAAGCGGCGGUACUAGAUACCUCGACCUGUCCGACUCCUUUUAUCUUGGUGGCAUAGAGAACGAGAAACGACAAAAGGCUUUUUCUAAAGGAAUCAAGGCUGCUGAUUCUAGUAUUAUGGGCUGUAUCAGACCGAUCGAGGUGGACGACAAAAUGAUAGGGCUGCCGAACGCAGUGGUGACGUAUGGGGUGAGCCCGAGGUGCGUGUGGUGGUACCCUUGCCACGCGGGGCAGAGUCCGCCCUGUGUGCCUCGCGCCACUUGCGAACAGCAUGGCGUUGAUCACUUCACUUGCAAGUGCGAUACUGAUCUAUGCAUUAACCCGGAUUAUGCUGAGAAGUACAAGGUAUUUUCAAAAUCGAGCAGCGAAUUAGAACUCGUGUCCCUAUACCCGUUGACGGUGCAAGAAGGUGGUGUAGCGGUUAUAACCACGCAGAACAUCGACGUGGUGUUAGACCACCACAAGUAUGGAGUUCGGCCGACGGGAGUUCUACUGCAUGUGGCACAGUCGCCGCAGCACGGUAGGAUAGCUGUAGACCUGUCGCUGCAGAGGAACCUACCCCAGUACACGAAUUACGUCGAGGGCGAGAAGUCUAAACAGUUUUUUACGUUGAUGGACUUGUCUCGAGAUAAGGUCCGAUACGUCCACGACGGGUCAGAGAACCACCAGGACGCUAUAGUGAUAGAAAUGGAACUGAUCCCGGAGACUAAGUUCACACUCCCCAGCUAUCUUCAAGGGCGGAACACGUUCGUCCUUCACGUCAAUGUCACUCCAGUGAACGACCCGCCUGUACUCAAUCUACUUCCAGGGAAAGUCCUGAGGCUUACUCAGGGUACAAGAAAAGUCAUCACUUCUGAUAUACUGAAGGCAGAAGACCCAGAUACUCCGCCGGAAGAUCUUCUGUACACAAUAUUGCAUGGAAAAAAUGAAGCUAACAGUGGCCAUAUAGAAAUGUCCGGGCAGCCAGUAGACUCUUUCACACAACAGGAUAUUGAUGCUGGUGUCAUAUCGUACGUCCACGGCACCAAUAGUGAUAAGCAGCUCAACAAAACGUCUCUCCGUCUCACUUUGCAGGUAUCAGACGGCAUAGAAACUAGUGGUCCAGGCGUACUUCGGAUUUCAGUGGUGCCGUUACAAGUCCGCCUAGUCAACAAUACCGGUGUUUUUCUAGUGCACAACUCGUAUGCGCUAAUCACCGCAGAUAACCUCACCUUUGCAACUAAUGCCGAUGAAACGAAUGUGCAUGUUAAGUAUGACAUAGUGAAGCCGCCACAGUUUGGUGUGGUAGAACGACUUCGAGUGUUAGAUGGCACUUGGCAGACAGUCGAUUCGUUUACGAGUGAAAUGGUUAACUUUGGCCGUGUACGAUAUAUGCAUAUACUUGGAAACCCUACGCAUGAUGAGUUUAAGUUCAAGGCAUCCGUGGGGACUGUACGAACGAACACGCUUUACGACUUUCGACUCACUUUUAUCAAACUGGAAUUGUACCAAUCGACGAACGAAGAAUUAGUGCUAAACAAUACUAGAGAAGCCUUCAUAUCGUCUCAACACCUCAGGUUUAAGACUAGGCCAUUGGCAUUAACUGGCGAUCGCAUACUUUUCACGUUGUUGAAACCUCCAAAAUAUGGCAUUCUACAUUUAUCCUCAGGAAAGCAUCACUUGCAAAUGUACAGCACUUUCACACAACAGGACAUAGACUUGGAUCAACUGUGGUACAGAUUACAUAGACGAGCAUAUUCGCAUAUACAAGAUGAAUUCACAUUUGUUGUGGGAGCCACCGAAUGCGAAAACAUUACUGGUGUCAUGACAAUAAGACAUGUGCCGGGAUCUCUUACCUCAGACCAUUUGUCAGGUCGAGUUCACACUACGUUGGAAAGGUUACAAGUGAUAGAAGGUUCCAGAAUGGCAAUACCUGCAACGCAUCUGAAUUUUCGAACAGACGUCAUCACGAAUCUUGUAUUCAACAUCACACAUUUACCCAAACAUGGGAAGAUUGAAGUCAUCAGUGACAAUUUGAAGAUAGUUAGAGAUAACACGACAUACUUUACUCUGCAAGAAUUAAAUUCAGAUAGAGUGUACUAUUCGCAUGAUGAUUCAGAGAGUAGACACGAUUCGUUCCAUUUUAUGGCACUUAGCCCCGAACCGGAAGAUUUUCAAUAUGUUGGAGUGUUCCACAUAGACAUUAUACUGAAGAAUGAUAACAGUCCAGUGCGGACGAGUGAAAAGGUCUUCCAUAUAGUACACGGAGGUGCAAGGCUCAUAACAGCUCGAGAUUUGAGUUACACAGAUGCAGAUUUGGAUACUAAACCGUCCGACAUAAUAUAUACCGUACAAAGAUUUACCAAAGACCCCCCAAAUGGGGGUAUAUUUAGAGCUGACAAUCCGGCUGAACAAAUUGCUCAAUUCACGCAAGACGAUAUCAAUAAGAAUCUGGUACUUUUCAAACACCAAGGCAAAGAGUAUGGGAAGAUGGCGUUUUGGAUUUCGGAUGGUUUGUUUGAUGUGAAUGGCAAUUUGGAAAUACAAGCGUCACCACCUUUUAUAAGAAUGUACCCAACGAAUGGCUCUAUUGUUGAAAAUGGCAAAGCGGUCGUUAUUACUACUAGAGACAUGCAAGUGGACACAAAUAUGAACUGUCUGGAAGAGGAUAUUCGCUAUGAAGUGACGCAAGAGCCGAAACAUGGCUCUAUAGAAGUUGGAGAGGGCCAAGGUGCAAUUACCUUCACACAAUUGGACAUUGCUGCAGGAAGAGUUGCCUACAGACAUAGGGAACCGAAGACUCCCACAGAUCUAUUCAGGUUUAAAGUAAUGUGUUUGGAGGCCUGGGGUGAAGGCAUCUAUCCAAUAAAAAUAUUCCCAUCAAGUUACUGGGAACCGUUGAGGAUUACUACCAACAAACCACUCAUUGUUGAAGAGUCGACCAGUGUUAACAUUACCAAGGACAUUUUGGAGGUCAUGCACCCUCAAAUCGAGCCUUCGAAUAUAGUUUAUCAAGUGGUCGAAGGCCCAUACCACGGUUGGCUCGAAAUAUCUUCAACACCGGGUACCAUUGAAGUCGAAAAUUAUGAAGAGCCUGUUCAUACUAAAAUGUUUGACCAGUCAAUUAUAAACUUAAAUCGAUUAGUGUACGUGCAAUCCGGGGUUAACAGGACUAGAGAUAAAAUCAAAAUGGAUGUCACAAAUGGAAUAGUUUGGCUUAGAAGUCUCGAGUUAACAGUAAUAAUAAUACCUGAACAUUUCUAUGUAGUCUCCUCGAAUUUGACAGUCGUUGAAGGUGAAUCGGUCAGUGUAAAACAGGACCUAUUCAGGAUUGUGACGGACUAUUAUCGUGGUAAAGUGAUUUCUUACAAAGUGCUACAGAAACCAAAGUAUGGGAAAAUUGUGAUGGCUGACCAGGAGCUCAGUUUGUUGCCAGUUUUGAAACUGAAUUCUGGCAAUAUAAUGUAUGUUAAUGAUGGUUCGGAGGAAUCUUCGGACUCAAUAAAGCUGACAGCACUAACUGAGGGCGGUAAGGAAAGUGAACCAUUCUAUGUGAGGAUAAACAUAGUUCCGGUUAAUGAUGAACCUCCCAUUGUUGCUGCUAAUACGGGCCUCUGCGUUUGGGAAGGUGGAACAUUUACUUUUACCAGGAAUGAACUGUAUGUUAACGACAUAGACACUCCACUCAAGAAUGUCACAAUCAGAGUGGUAGAUAUAGUUUCUGGUUACAUUGCCAUGAAAGGUGAUGUCGAUAAUCCAGUGGAUCAUUUCACUCAAGCCGAUAUAGAUAGCAGACAAGUCAUUUUCGUUCAUAAAAACGGCUCCAAAGGCAAGAUGAUAUUCAACGUCACAGAUGGUCUUCACGAACUAUCUAAAAUAACGUUUCUUAUAACAACAAAAUCAGUGUCACUGAAGUUGGUAAGGAAGCAUACCCUGCGCGUUUUCCCUUUGAUGAGGGAACCGCUUAACAACUACCACCUUAUGUCGAAAUGUUCAGACUAUACGAGGAACAUAGUGUAUAAAAUUGAUAGAGCCCCAGCGCUGGGUAGACUUAUAAUGCUCAACGGCGAAAACCAUCACAGAUCAAUAAAGCAAUUCACACAACAAGAUAUAAAUAAUACGAUAGUGUAUUACGAGCACACCCAUCCAUUCUCCGACUUACACACCAACGACUCGUUCAUAUUUACCGUGGAAACCGCACUAGCCAAACCCAUAGCUGAUCAAAUAUUUAAUAUUGACAUAUCCGUAUCGUCCGGCGGUCUAGCAAAAUACGUGCACGUCCCAGUUACUAAAGUCCAGGAAGGUGAUAAAAUUCCGAUAAGAGUAAACGUCACCAACGUUAUAACCUAUUUGGAAACCCAAGCGGGUGUCAGGCAACCUCAAAUUGAAGCGCAGUGGUCACAACCUUCACACGGCGAACUUAAACCAUACUUGUCUUCUCUUACACAAGCUCAGUUAGAAAAUGGUGUUGUGACAUAUGAACACGAUGACUCCGACACUUUACAGGACAAAAUCGAUAUGGCCCUCUAUUUACUACCAGAUUACGUUCUCCUCUGCAAUGUAACCAUAACAAUCAACAUCAUACCAGUGAAUGAUCAGCCAUUCAGAUUGCUCACCGAUACACCUCAGAUACAAGUCGUUCAAGGAGAGAACUAUACACUGACAAAGAAUGAUUUGCUCACUGAAGACGCAGAUACAGCUCCAUCCGGUAUUUUAUACGAUAUAAUCAGUGGACCGACCCAGGGAAGACUUGUUAUUUGGGAAAAAAACCAAACAAUAGAUGAGGCCCAAUCGAUAAACAAAUUCACUCAGGAAGAUAUAAAUAAUGGGAAAAUUAUAUACGAACAUUCGGGUCUACUCCAAACAGCGACUUUUUAUUUCAGAGUGUGGGAUGGUCAAUUCAAACCGACAUACACAGUUUUCACUAUAGACGUCUUACCUGUUAUACUAAACGCUACCUCGUUGCAUCCGAUAUACUUACAACAGGGUUCAAAUGUAGCCACGGUGACUACCGAUCAAAUAUACAUAGAAACCAAUGCAAAGAAGUCAAAAGUUUGGUACAAUAUAACAGGACAACCGGUGCACGGAAUGAUCUAUCUAGGCAGGAAUCCUGUCACGUACUUUUCGCAUAAGGAUUUGAUGGAUAAGGUUGUUAUUUAUAUGCAAAAUGAUAUGACCGUCGCGAAUGACAGUUUCGAUCUUAUAGCUUACGUGCACAACAGUAAUUCGACCAUGCCCUUUAAAAUAGAAGUUAUCGUGCAGCCACUGAUGGUACUAGGCAAUUUGAAGGUGGAGGCAGAGAAAGCAAAAUUAACACUUGCAAACUUAGACGCCACUGAAUUAGCUAAGCUAACGGCCAGUGUUCCUGUGUACACGUUAAUCAAGAAACCUAAAUAUGGAACUUUGAAAAAGAUCAUUCGAAGUUCUGGUGAAAAAACCAGUGCGAGGGAGCGAGAGGUUGCAUAUUUCACACACGAGGAUGUCAAAGCAGGCGUCAUAUAUUAUGUGCCAAAGAAGAAACUGAGUGAUUUGAACGGAUUGGAGGAUAGUUUCAGGUUUCUGCUAGCAGCUACAAUAUUUCAGCCGGCCGCUGGUGAUGUUAAGAUUUUUAUUGGAAGCGGCAAAAAGAAAAAUCUACCAGGGCCCAAUGACCCUGAAAGUCAUGAGGGUAUUCCGGUGGCGAAUGGCGAAUCGGCGUCUUACUACAUGAUGGUCGUAAUGGCACUACUAGGAACGGUUUUAGCGAUCAUAGUGAUAUUUGGGCUGCUGAAAUGCCGUCGAUAUCUCAUGCGGGAACAGAACGCGCUGGUUAAAAUCCACGGACAAAGCCAGGGCGCCGUUGCUCCCAUACCGCUACCUCGUCCACCAGAUCAUUUAAUGCCUUCACCUACUCAAGCAACACCGCCUAUUAAAAGAUACGUAUCAUCGGAGCAGUCGGUGCACACGGGCGCAAGUACACCCCUGCCUUCUGGAGGAAGCGUGGCGUGUAAAGUGACUCCCUUGGCCGACGCUGGUCUGCCGGACCUUAACGCCCGAUACCCAUACGGCGCGGAGGACCAUACUGAUGCUGAAGACUGGAGCAGUUACGAGGCGAGUGAAUCCGCGUACCCAAUCCGAGCGCCGGGCGCGGCCCCUACGAACCCAAUGCUCAGACGCAACCAAUACUGGGUCUGACCCGCGGACACCGUUACCCUGCCCAGGGUGCCUAGGCAAGUAACCCUAACGACCCACGAGAACUUCGUGACGCUUAACCGUCGACCGAAAAGACGCGGUAUGGACUUCGUGCCAACGCCCUUCCUACUAAGCAACUACAAGGUGAAAAAGUACGCAAAUUGCGAAGUUACACUUUAGAUACGUUUCAUACAACGAGCUGUUCGAUAAGAAUAUUGUUAGUAUAUUUGGGGACACAUGUAACUCGGAUAGUCCGAUAUUGUAACGCCAUUCAGUACCCGGCAGGAAAAAACACCAUGUAAGUCAAAAUUAGUAACUUUACUUCUUCGUUGUAACACUCUUGGCAGAGCGGUCGUGGUCAACUUUGAAGGCAGAUGUUAUACGCCUCACGAGCAUUCGCCACUUCUCCCUGCCUGCACACCUGACAGCCUGGCACAUUCGUGCAAGGGGCCGCCCACAGUAGACUUAAUUCAAUCGGUCCAUCGCAUGGGCGACCUUCCUCAAAAAGCUACUUACGUAAGUAAAACUUACAGGUGUAAUCGCGGCCUAACUCGUGCUUAUGUUAGGUUUUAUGUAGGUCUCAACGACUGAAACAACGCUCUACUAAACUGAAACUGGCAAAUAUAUUUUUCGAUUUGUAAUCCUUCCUGCCGGGCACUGUACGAGCACGAGUCCAAUUGUUCUUGUGGUAUUUAUUUAUACGAGCAAUAUUUCAUGUAUUUCAUUGGGUUACAUUCGGUUUUAGUCGGUGUUACGUUGCGCUUUUCUGCGCAAGCGAAUUUGAUUGAAAAAGUGGUGAUUCUGUGUAAUAUCCACAACCCAAAGUCUAAAGUUUAAAGAAAAAACAUAAUAAACAUUAUUGUAUCAGUGUUACUUUGUUUAAGUUUGUGUGCCUUUGCGCAUUACGACUUCAAACAUGUAGAAAUUGUAGCGGAUUUCAGUUCGUCUGAUGCGCUUUAACUGCGUGUGAAUUAGUCACCGAGUGCAAACGGUUUAUAUCAAACUAAGGGUAUGUCCGCACUGCUAAAUUUCACGGUGCUAUUUUUCCGCAGAAUUCUGGCAACAUGGAAAUUGUAUGAAGCCGUUCGCGCAAAUUUUCAUUUUGCGAGUACUUGCUCCUUGUAUAAAGCUCGCGUACUCGCGAAAUUUCAUAUGGCACAGAAUCCGUAGAUGCGCCCGGGGAAAAUUCACAGUGCGGGCUUAACGCAUUGCGCUGAGCUGCGCGACGCGACGUGACGCGCAAUUGCCUGCCGCGUCGCUCAAAUGCGCCUUGCUCCAGACAAACUCAUAUAAAAUGUAUUUGCCGCUGCGCGUUGCGACGCGUCACAUCGCGGAGCGCAGUGCAAAUGCGUUUCGGCCUUUACCUUUUAAGUACCACCGUUCUUAUGAGAUUAUUAUCAACUAUUAAACUAAGUCAAU